AUGGCGAGGCCUGGAUGCAACGAGACCUGUGCAGGCAACGCUGUAACAAUUCCAUACCCAUUUGGAAUUGGUCGUGAUUGUGCUAUGAAUGAAUCAUAUAUUGUAACUUGUAACCAUUCCUUUGCCAAUUCAUCAAACGCCACUUCUUCGAAGCCAUGUCUGAGCCAACUCAACCUGGAGGUGCUGAAUGUGUCGCUGAGCUCCCAAACCAUAACUGUCCGGACUCCGGUGCCUCAAACUUGUGCAGGUCAAGAUAAAAUUACCUUCUGGAAUGGCAGUGACCUCUCUCGAAGUCCUUUCUUUUACUCUAAAGAUGACAAUAAACUGAUGCUUUUUGGAUGUGGUAAUGCUCUGCUCAAUCAGGAUCCUGACAAUCAGGUCUUGUCAGGAUGCACGUCCAUGUGCCAAAUAAACAGCAGCAUAACCGGUUGCUAUGGCAUCAAUUGUUGUGCAACAAGCGUUCCGUUCUAUAUUAAUAAAUACCAACUGAACUACACAAUCACAAAUUUCAACAAUUCAUGUGCUUCUGCCUUCUUGGCAGACCAAAGUUGGACGCCGGGGAGACUUUCGGAGCCUUUCAUCCGAAGAUCCUUGGCAUCUGUUCCUGUUGUUUUGUCCUGGACCUUAGAUGGUCCUGUUGCCAACCCAGAUUGCUUUCUGUCAGAGAGCCCACUCGAACUAGAAUCCGGCCACAUUCUGCGUUACCAGUGUGAGUGUCAGUUAUUCGGAACAGGAACUUUUGUCUACAAAAUCAACCCGUAUUUGGAUGGUGCAUGUAAUUAUGCCAUGUCUGUGAUCUUGGGAAGAGGAAAGAAGAACAAUAUAGCUGCUAUUGGAUCAAGUGCAAUAUUAACAGAAAAAUUCAAGCCAAUCAUUGCAAUAUGGAUUUGUACAGGUGCUUCUGCAGGUGUUGGAGUAGUAUUUCUCAUAAUAGCUACCUUGUACAAAGUAGUGAAAAAGAGGCGCACCAAAAAACGCCAAGAGAAAUUUUUUAAGCGAAAUGGAGGUCUUUUGUUGCAACAACAGUGUUCUGCUGAUGAAGGUGGGGUUGAGAAAACAAUGCUAUUCUCUGCUAAAGAAUUGAACAAGGCCAGUGAUGGAUUCAACACAAAUCGCAUACUAGGUCAAGGAGGUCAAGGUACAGUUUACAAAGGGAUGCUAACAGAUGGUAGAAUUGUGGCAAUCAAGAAGUCAAAAAAGGUUGAUGAAAGCCAAUUGGAACAAUUCAUCAACGAGGUUGUCAUUCUUUCACAAAUCAAUCAUAGGAAUGUGGUAAAGCUUCUAGGUUGUUGUCUGGAGACAGAAGUCCCACUACUAGUUUAUGAAUUUAUUCCCAAUGGAACCCUCUUUACCCUCAUACAUAAUGGGAAUAAUGAGGAGCUUCCCUUGACUUGGAAUUUGAGACUAAGAAUAGCCAUCGAGGUAGCUGGAGCAUUGGCAUAUCUGCACUCAGCAGUUUCAAUUCCAAUCUUCCACAGAGAUAUCAAAUCCAGCAAUAUACUUUUGGAUGAAAAAUACGUAGCAAAAGUAUCAGACUUUGGAACUUCAAGGUCCGUGACAAUUGACAAAACUCACUUAACUACUGUAGUUAAAGGGACUUUCGGCUAUUUGGAUCCAGAAUAUUUUCAGUCAAGCCAGUUUACAGAGAAAAGUGAUGUUUACAGCUUUGGGGUGGUCCUUGCUGAGCUUUUGACAAGACAAAAGCCAAUAUCCUCAGCAACAACAGAUGAAGAUUAUAACUUGAGUUUGGCAACAAGGUUCCUGAUGUCCAUGGAACAGGAUUCUCUCAAAAAUAUUCUUGAUCCUGAACUCAUAAAUCAAGGGAAUGAACAGGAGGUUACAGCAGUUGCUAAACUUGCACAACGAUGUUUAAACUUAAAUGGGAAGAAAAGGCCAACUAUGAAGGAAGUUGCCAUUGGAUUGGAAAGCAUUAAAAUAUCAUCAGUGCAGUCAACUACUCCAGAAAAUUUUCAAAAUCCAAGCCACAUUGAAGGAAAAUCUGUCGUGUUUUCUGAUAACAAUUAUACAUGGACAACUGAAGGUGAUAGCUUUAGAUCUGUUUCAGAUGUCCAUCCACUUAUGAAUAAGCACUAGUUCAUUAUUCUGUUUAGUGGUUAGAGUUGUACAUUAAGUUCCCAGAUAUGCUCAUACUGGUCAUGUCAUGGCCUGG